GUUAAUCAAUUUAUCAAGAGGUAUUAUAUCACCCUAAUAUCUCAAUGGACAUCUGGCAGACAUGCUGCGCAUAAAAAAGCCGACUCAGCCUUCAAGUACUUGCUAUAUCUCGAGCCCAUACGCAGAGAAAUCGACCAGUACGGCAUAGAGCCACGGCAUACCUAUUAUAUUGCUUAG